AUGAAUGCAAACAGACAAGAUGUCAAGCCAGAGGACGAAGCACCAGAGGGAUUCUCUCUUAUGACAUAUUCAGAGUAAAACAUAAUCGCCUUCUUUCUCGUGACAAGAGGCUAAUAGAAUCUUCAGAUAUAUGCGAGGGCCUAAAGUAAACAUCGACGUCGGUAUCGGUAACGACCAGAAGCGCUAUUGCUUCCCAAAAAAUGUCGUGUGUCAUUUCUCUCCGUACCUCGACCGGUACUUUAAUGGAUACGGCCAAAGUCAAACACUCGCACUCCCUGAGGACUCGCAUGUAUUCUUCAUAACUCUAUUUGAAUACAUGCUCAGCGGAAAGGUUAACAAGGACCUUCUCAUCUCAAGAAUCCUAUCUAGACCACAUCACGGCCAUGGAAAGGUUCUGUUCGAUCGAUCGAGCUACGUCGAUACUUGCAGAAGUUUUCUCAUCUACACAGAUAAAUUCGAACUCGGCAACAUAGGCAGCGACCUUCUUUGUCUACCUUGGAGCAAAAUUUGGGGUAUGCCGCCUUGCAUCCUAAUGGGCCGUGAUAGAUACAAGCACCAAGAACUAUCCAAACUGGUUAUUGAUUUCGACUUCCAUCCAAUUAAUAUCAGAGGGCGUGAUAUUGAGACCAUUUACGCAACCACGCCAGAGGGCCACCCUCUUAGGAGAUUGGCAGUUGCUGCUGCGUCUUUUCUCGUCUACAAUGAUGAUUGGUCAAUCAAGAAGGACGCUCCAUUUGCAACGCAAGAGGGAGAGGUAAAGGGAUUUGCGUCUGAUAUGCUUCGUUUGGUUCGUCAUAGGAACCGUUUUGUGGGCUUAAUGGGAGAGUGA